AUGGUGUUUUGAUUUUGUAUACGCGAUGUCGAUGAAUUCUGCUAUCUCACCAUUGCGAUAGCUAAAAAUUACCAAUUUGUUAAAAUAGUAUCGUUUUAAAAGUAUUUUCAAUAGUCACAUUUUAUACCGAAGUGAAUAUAUAAUCUAAAAAUGCUAAUUACGUUGAAAAAUCUACAACAGCACUCCUUCACGGUGGAAAUCGAUGUGUCGAACACCGUGAAGCAAUUAAAAGAUAAAAUCGAAGCGACGAAAGGAAGCGACUACCCUGCUGGUUACCAGAGAUUAAUAUACGCCGGUAAAAUUCUGAACGAUGAUUCUCCUCUGAGCGAAUACAACAUCGACGAAAAGAAAUUCGUCGUUGUGAUGGUCUGUAAAGCUAAACAAGCAGCCACCGAUAACAAAUCGGCCGGAGCUUCGACAUCUGCUUCGACUUCCGCACCUUCGACCGAAUCAGACAAUAGUAAAAAAGAAUCAAACGAAACUUCUGAAAAGAAACCAGAAACUGAUUCUUCGACGAGCACUAGCUCUUCUGCUGCUGCUGCUGCUGCUGCUAUACCAGAAACAUUAGUCUCCGCCGAAUCGACUUUAUUAAUGGGUCCAGAGUACGAAGCAACUGUGAAAAGUAUUGUUGAUAUGGGAUACCCUCGUGAUAAGGUUGAAGCAGCACUACGUGCCAGUUACAAUAACCCGGACAGAGCUGUAGAAUAUCUUAUUACGGGGAUACCUGCAUCCAGCGAUACAGAUGCUAGUGAAAACAUACCCGCAGCCGAAUUACGAUCAGAUGGUCGAGAGCCUCUUGCAUUUCUGCGAGAUCAACCACAAUUUCAACAAAUGCGCGCUGUCGUUCAACAAAACCCCGACUUACUGAAUGCUGUUCUGCAACAAAUAGGAAAUACAAACCCAGCACUGCUACAGUUAAUUUCACAAAAUCAAGAAGCUUUCGUUCGUAUGCUCAAUGAACCAGUACCGCCUCAAGUGGGCGGCGAAAGUGCUAGAAAUGCCCCUUCGACAGGUUCUCUGGCUGCUAGUUUAUCGUCAGAUAGUGACGAAUCGUCAAAUCUAGCCGCCUCAUUAGGACAAGCUACGUUACAAGUUACACCACAAGAUAAAGAAGCUAUCGAAAGGCUGAAAGCGUUAGGAUUUCCCGAAGAUUUAGUCGUACAAGCGUAUUUCGCUUGUGAAAAAAAUGAAAAUUUAGCCGCUAAUUUACUUUUAUCACAAAAUAUGGAUGAUUGAGACUGAUCUUCAUCAUGUAAAGUACAUGUCGAUUUCUUUAAAGUUGUUCGUUUUAUGUUCUAUUUUUUCUUUCAUUUUUUUUUCCUUUUCGUUUUCCCUUAUUUAUUAUAUAUUUCUUUUUUUUUUUUUACUUCAUUAUUGAUAUUUUCGGUUUACAUAUUUUCAUGUACUUUUUACAACCAAAACAAACAAAAAAUGAACGUAUUCGAAACUUUUUACACCAAUAUCAAAUUCUUAUAAAUUUGUAAACUUUUUCGAUUAGUAUGGAAAACUGUGCUGCUUUUUAUUUAGUAACUCUUAUGUAAUUUUUCAGCUUGAAAUUAUACCUGUUUGUUAAUAUACUAUUAUUACGCGUUGUUGUUUGUAAAAUUAUAAUAUAAAAAUAAUGGUAAUAAUAAAAUAAUGAAUAAUAAUACCUAAUGAAGGAUGAAAAUAAAACGAAAGAAAUCAGCGUAAGGAUUGUUUGUUUGUCUGUUUUUUUUUACGUUUUAAGUUGUGGAUAAAUUAAUUGUAUCGAUUAUAUAGAUUUUUCUAAGGGAACCGAACGGUAAUAACUCUGUUAAUAAAUUUUUUUUGACUCAA